CUAAAGGUAGGACCCGGUUAGUCAAAUAUUUGAAAUUUUUAUUAACCUGAUCUUAUUUUCAAACAUCUGAAAUGAUUAGAAAAAGUCGGUCAAACAACCAAUCAUGAAUGAUAAAAGUACGGAUAGUACAAACAAAGAUGUCGUAUAACCAUGCUAAUCUGAUGUGGUUAUAAGUAAGUACUAUAAAAAGACAUGUCGUGAUUAAUUAACUGCAUUACCGAAAAUUGCAUAUUACAGGGCAUCAACCUCUGAAGCUAACUAGUUUAUUAGGAAUAGGGAGAAGAACACAGACACUGUGAUUCGACCUCAAGCAUGAAGCAAUCAGUUACACAACGGAAGUCGUUCGUUGCGAUCGCAAUUGUGUUGUUGUUUGUUGCUCCACCAUAUCCAUGUCAAGCUUACAAUCCUUUCUAUAGGUGCUUUUAUCAUUGCAUGAGGCAUUGUGAAGCUGGAGCAUACAUAUGCAUGGACGACUGCAUUAAUCGAUGUCGUGAUCUUGAUCAACGGUUGUCUUCCUCGUAUAAUCCCGAAGGACGAAAAUUUACGAGAAAUUAUCGUCCGUGAUGGUUUGCAGCCAAGAUUUAAAGAGAGAUGGUUUAGGAGUACUUGUCUCAAGAGCUAGCUACGUACCGUUGUUGAUGAUGGUUGGUUUUUGCCCUUUUCGUUUCUGAAUAAUGAUUGUGGUGUAAAAUUAUCAUUCAUUCACAUAGUUCUUUGUCUUGUUAUUUAGGAGUAUUGGUAUAACACUUGUUCUUCAAGGACAUGGUGGCGUAUUCAUUUCAGGUUGCUGAAGAAGUGGAUGCAGGAGACAUCUCCGGUCAUCGAUCUCCUCGUGUCAACAUCUCCAGCAUAGUCCGUUUUUAAUGGAGUGAAAAAUAUAAAAAAUUUAUUUUUUUAUUUUAAUUAUUUUUUAGUUGCCACGUCACUAAGUUAACGGUCAACUUUGAGAGUUGACUGCCACAUCAGCAAAAGUUAACGGAGUUGGACGGAGAGUGACCAAACGUGAACGGUUUCAGUAAACUGAAAUACCACCAAUGGAUUUAAAUAUUUCGAGUGACCAAACUUGAACGUUUUUUGUAAUCUUAGUGACCAAUCAUGCAAUUAACCCUAUUUCUAAUGACUAAACAUGACACUUUUUAGUAAAGUCAGUGACCCAUUUUGUCAUUUACCCUUAAUAUUUUGGAAUUGUUGAAUCAAUGCCUAUCUUUGUAAAGUCCAUGAAAUAGUUGGGGUUAUAUCUUGAUGCAUGUUUAUUCAAAUCACGACUAACUACAUCCACACCAUUACAGUUGCUAAAACAUACAAUUUAUUCUACCAAUUUUUUUUAGGCAAAAUACAUUUGUAUAGCCAUAACUAUCCACUUUUUGUCAACAAUAGCCACUUUUUGAAAAAUACACAGAAAUAGCCAAUCCGUCCAAAACUUUAACGGAUUAUAUGUGAAUGCUGACUGGACUAACAGAUUUAACUGACGUGGCAUGUUUUCACCGAAAAUUGUCCAGAUGGAAAAAAAUCCUUGUUGAAUUAAUUAAAAAACGAAAAAUAAAAUUAGACUAAAACUAAAAAAAUAAAAAACAACUCCCCACCUAACAUCUUCGUCUUCCUCUCUCCCCAGAUCCCUUCCAUCGUCAAGCAACAGAGCUACAAUAUCCCAAAACCUUCUUUUCUCCGGCCAAACCCCAAACCACCACCAAUUGAAGAUCCAGAUCCCGACUCAUCUCGUUCAACUACUUCCCUGGCCAAUUUCGACCCCGCCCUCAAAAUCCCCAAUUUUGAUCGACCUUAUUUUUGUCGGAGAAUCCCUAAGGUUCACAGAAUUGAGAACUGCCCAUCGAAAUCCCCAACUCCGUUCAACUCUCUUCCCAUGAAAAUGACGUUGUUCAUUCGCGCAUUUCACCUCCAGGUCUUCUCCUUCAUCUGCGCCAACGAGAUCUAGUCAUGCUCUGCCGCCUCUCUAAACCAGGGAGUCGCCGCCGUCGACAAACCCAGGGGACCAUUUAUGAAGGCUCGCGGUCACCGUUGCCUGAUUUUGCGAUGAGAAGAAAACAAGGAUUGAGUAGCGGGAGUGCUCAACAGAUUGGGGAAGAAGGUAAACCUCUGUCUAUUUCGCUUUCUAUUGUCGGAGAUCUUCGAUUGGAGUUCUGGGUUUCUUCUUCAAGUUCUGCGAUUGGGGAUGAAGGCGAAGAAUCGGCAUUGGAGUUAUGAGUUCUUCUUCGUCAAAUCGGGUUGUAGGUUUCUGUGUUUGGAUUCUUCUUUAUCUAUGUGAUUCUGGGUUUUAGAUUGUUCUUCGCCUAUUUGGGUUUGAUGGGUAAAGGGUUUGGGCCUUGGGGUUCUUUUUUGCGUUGGUGGUGGAGUUAAGAAAAAAUUGCUCAAAAACAAGUUGAUAUGUAGAUGCAGAAAAUCCCCAGUUCAGGGGAAGAAAUUAAUAAUUCUCUAAAAUAUUUUUUUAGAAAUAAUAUUUUUUUAAUCUGACAUGGCGAACACGUGGCAUGAUAUGGCAAAUGAGAGUUGAUGUGGAAGCUGAUGAAGUGCCACCCCAUUUUAUUAUUGACAGAAGUUGACGGCAUCUCUAACGCCGUCAACAUUUAUAACAAAAAUGGCUAAAUUUGUCAAAUGUAGUAUUAAAAUUUGGCUAUAUCUGUGUAUUUUUCAAAAAUUGGCUAUUAUUGUCACAAAGUGCAAAGUUAUGGCUAUGGAGGUGUAUUUUGCCUUUUUUUUAAUAUGAAAGAAUUACUAAACGCCAAAAAUGAAUCCAAAUUAAGUUUUAAAAAUGUCAAUGUUUAGUCUUGCAAAUUGCUAGGAAUGACAACAAGGUGUGAGAUCACUUCCUAUUUUGAAAAGAGAGUGAUACAAUUAAUAAAGUUAAUAUAAUAUGAGUGGCGAAAAUUCAUAUUUACUAAUAGCUAGCAAGGAAAGUUGGCAAAAAACAAAAAGCUUAUCAUGAGAAGAACCAUUAAUUAUACAUACAUUGAGAUCAAACAAAUCACUAAAGGUAAGAUAGUCUAACGAUAAAGUUGUCGCGUGAAGGAUUGGGAGUUGCAGAUCUCAGGUUCAAAUCCAAGCGAGCCCCGUUGGUGUUCUCGGAGGUACACGGCUGCUAGGGGCGAAGCCCCGUUGACAUCGAAUUUGAUUGCAAGUGGCUCCUAGGUUUAGUAGGACCCUCUGUCACAAAGUGGCACGUGGGGCUGAGUUCCUGGGUAAUAAAUAAAAAAUUGAGAUAAAACAAAUCGAUAAUAUAUAAAAAAAGAACUAGAUUGUAUGGCUUCUCAUAUUGCUCAUAAUAGAUUAAUUUAUAUAAGAAUUAAAUCAUAAUAGACGAGACUAAGAAAAUCAUAUUGUACCCGCCGCAAAGCGCGGGCCAAUUAACUAGUUAUAAUAACAAGUUGAAAAAGGAUAGAGAGAAGAUUGGGAUAAAUUCCAAGCCAGUCUAUUUUCUGUUUUAGUUUUUACCAUUACAGUCAACAACAAUAUCCAAGUAAUUAAAUGUGUUCCUGAAACAUUAUUAUUAUUAGAUUUCUACAAUCUCAAUAUAUGGUAUGAUCUUAAUUACGACAAUAAAGGCCGAAUAAUAUCCUACCAAAUACAAUCCCAUUGCCUGCCUUGGAUUUUGAUUAUAAAAAUCGCCAAAAUGAUAGUCUCUUCCUACAACCAUACCAUUUCCUUGUCUAACUUGUGAAAAUGAAGACAUUUGCUGCCAUAACGGUGCUUACGUUGCUACUACUUGUCGUGUCACCUUCAUGUCGUGCUGAUGACGACGUCGGCGGGGAUCCUUUCUGGUCGUGUUUUAACAAAUGCAUGAAGUUUGCUUGUAAAGGAACGGAGGAGGAUUGUUCCGAUCUUUGCUCCGACGGAUGCAUGACCGGCGAUGAACCUCCCCUCUCUAAACAUACACAUGCCCAAAACAAUGCUUUUGGGAUAGGCCAACAAAAUUAAGGGUGCUUGGUUGUCAUCGUUACCGUGUCAUUUGUUCUUGUUUAGUUUCCGCAUCAAUGAAAUUUGUGAUCCAUAAGAGAAAUGGGUUUUUUUAAUUUUUUUACUCUUCUUUGAACUUGAUUGUUAACCACUGAAAAUUUGAUAAUUUGUGUAUAGAGGUGGAAAAUGGAUUAAUCCAUGGAUCAAAUCAGGGGUGGACCCAAGGGCAGUGGCGGACCCAUAAAUUUUUCAUAGGGUGUCCUAUAUUAAAAAUAAAUUAAAUAGAAAUAA